AUGACUAAAUCACAGUCGAAUUUAUCGCAGUUCAAAGACUUUCUAGCGUAUCUCGCGACCGUGAAGGGGGACCUGUCGAACAUCACAGCACCUCCGUUUGUGUUGUCGUCAAAGUCGGUUACAGAGAUUCCAGCAUCAUGGGCAGAGCGGCAUGAGUUGUUCCUAAAGCCAGCAUCUGAAGAGGACCCGGCCAAGAGGGCGCUACUCAUCCUCGAAAACUUCCUAUGUAGCCUGAAGCGCCAGGUGUACACCGCUGCGUCCGAGGAUUCAGACGGCGGCGCCAAGAAACCGCUCAACGCCUUCCUCGGCGAGCUGUUUUUGGGGACUUUCCAUGAUGCCGGUUCGGGGAGCACGACGCAGCUGAUCUCAGAGCAAGUAUCCCAUCAUCCUCCGGUGACGGCGUGUUUCCUGUACAACAAGGACCACGGGAUAUCAUCGUCGGGGUAUGUGGCUCAGGAGACCAGUUUCAGUCCCACGAGUGGCGUGACUGUCCAGCAGAUCGGACACGCGAUCAUCAGAGAUGAAAAGCACGGCGAAAGCCAUCUGAUGACGCUGCCGACCAUGGGCGUCAAGGGGCUUCUGACCGGCAAACCCUACCCAGAGCUUCAGGGUACCUGCUACAUCUCUUCAAGCUCGGGGUAUCUGGCGACGAUCGACUUUGAGGGGAAGAAGGCCCUGGGUCUCGGCACGAAGAACAGUGUGCAUGCAGAGCUCAGCAACGUGAGGGACAACGGGAAGGUUCUGUUUGAGAUAUCCGGUCAGUGGAAUGGUACAUUGAGUGUGAAGGACCUCGUCAAUGGAGGGAAGCCUGAGGAAAUCGACGUUGACGCCGUGCCGUACACUGAGCUGCAUGUCAAGCCGGUGGAGGAACAGAACGCGUGGGAAUCUAGAAGAGCAUGGCGUGGAGUUAUAGAUGGCAUUGAUUCUGGCGACAUGCACCUCAUCAGUGAGGAGAAGAAUAACAUAGAAGAAGCGCAGAGGGCAAUGAGGAAAGCCGAGAAGGAGGCCGUCGUGGAGUGGCCGAGGAUUUUCUUCCAUCAAUCGGGAUCUGACGAGGAAUUCGAUGUCCUAUCGAGGGCUGUCCCAGACGACGCAGCCAGAAACAUUGCGCAGGAUCGUACCGCGGGGGUGUGGAAAUUCAUUGGGAUCGAUGCCGCUGAGCGUUUGUUGAAGAAUGGUAUCUACCAUACCUCACUAGAGCCGACAGGACAGGUCAUACAGGAAUAG